AGUGAGUAAGGGGUUGAGAGCUUGAGUUGCGGGUGUUUAGGUGGUUCAGGUUUGGAGGUGGAAUGGGAGAGAAGGAGGAUUUCUGGGAGUCUUUGCAUGGAAGUCAUUUGAGAUCUGGGAACCCCCAGGGUUUGCAUCCAAGGUCCUUGAUCCCCUGGCUGGGCUAGGGUUAAAAGUCUUUUUUUUUUCUUUCUUCUCAACCUCCCCCGCUUCUCCCCGCCUCCUCCUCGGCUCUUCCUGUCCUAGCAUUAGUUGCAACACCCUGCUUGCUCCCUCCCUCUUCUCCCCCAGCUUUCUCAGCUCCCGCUGUCGGCUCGGGUUCGGACCCUGCCUCAGAUUCAAACCGGGGCUCAGUUUCCCGUGCCAGCUGUAGCUCCAGUUCGGUCUUGCAGGUUUUCGGAACCUUGCUUAGAUCUCCACUCCCGACGUCCUGGCCCCAGGUCUCUGACCUCAGGAUCCUGCGCGCCCCUUACGCGACUCGUUGGCUCGUUCGCGGCUGCCUCGGCUGCCGCUCUGAGCCCUCAUGGGGGAGUGAGAAGCCAUAGCCAGGCCGGACAUGGGCCACCCCACCCUGCCUGGCCUGCUGCCACUGGUGGCCCUGGCCCUGAUGGUAGGACUGUAUUUUCAUGUUGCUUCUGGGAUGUCCAUCCAGAAGAGACAUCAAGAAAAUUGUCCUGAGGGGAAAUAUGAACAUCGUACAAAUGCCUCUAUCUGCUGUCUCAAAUGUCACAAAGGGACUUACUUGAAUGCUGACUGUGGUGACUCAGGCCUUGCACCUGAUUGUAAGACCUGUCCUAAUGGCACAUUCACAGAGAGAGAAAACUAUGUCUCAAAGUGCCUCAGCUGUUCUAUCUGCAGAAAAGAGAUGGGCCAGAUAGAGAAGACACCCUGCACAAUCUCCAGAAACACAGUGUGUGGAUGUGGGGAAAACCAAUAUCAACAAAGCCAAGGAAAAGAAGAAAAUGGACUUUUCAAAUGUGUCCCCUGCAACCCGUGCUUCAAUGGCACAAUACAGCGCCCAUGCCAGGAAAAACAGGAUGCUGUGUGUUUAUGUAAUCCAGAUUUCUUUUGGAAUGGUGACAAAUGCAUCUCAUGUAAUGAGUGUUUACCUGGGGAAAAAUGCAGCCCUUUCUGCCCCUCAAAGAGUAUGGACCCAGGAGAAACAGUUCCAGUGCUAAUGGUCUUGGUGAUCUUUUUGGGGUUUUGUUGCCUGUCCCUCAUCGUCACGGUCUUCUUCUGUCAAUACUCAAGAUGGAAGUCCAAACUGUAUUUAAUUGUCUGUCCGAGAAAGGCUCCUGAAAAAGAGGAAGAACAUGGGCAGUCUCUGGCCCCAUCCCUCAAGUCGGACUCCACUCCAAUCUCCACCCAAGUCCCUUCUUACUCACCCGGCACCCCCUGCCCUGGCCCCUCCUUCCAAGUCCACAGCUCCACCCCCCUCCGCGCCCCUGCUCCCUCCUUAAAUUCUUCCUUCUACUCCCUACCCCCAAAUAAUUGGCAGCCUCCGAUCAAUAUACAACGUACGGAGUGGGCACCGCUGCCCGAUCCCAUCAAUUGCUCCGCCCAGAUGCCGUCACACUCUGCCACGUCAGAUGACACCGCCCUACGUUUGGACCAUCCAGCUAUGCUGUACACGGUGGUGGACCAAGUGCCCCCCCAGCGCUGGAAGGAGUUCAUUCGGCGCCUGGGCUUGAGCCCGAAUGCCAUCGAAUUUCUCGAGAUGCAGAACAGCCGCUGCCUCCGAGAAGCCCACUAUAGCAUGUUGGAGGCGUGGCAGAAGGGAGUCCCGAGGCACCAGGCUACUCUGGAGACGCUGGCGCUGGUGCUCCAAGAGAUGAAGUUGUGUGGCUGCCUGCAGAACAUCAGAGAGGCCUUGGAGCAGGACAGCCCCUGCAGACCUCGGACCCCCUUCCCCAGGUGAGGCUGUGCCAAGCACCGCUUUCCCUUUUGGGUUCCACCCCAGCGGACUCUUCACAGAAGAGGACUCAUUCUCCAAGGCCCACUUGCCUUCCCAAGAAGGGCUUCGAGGUGCCCCAGGGCAGGCAGUAUGGACGAUUUUGAAGACACCUUUUGCCUCGACAAGUCUGCAGUCUUUGAGGGCCUCCUUUCUGGAGCCCGUUGUUUAUUUGGUGCUCCAGGCUGUCGGCGGAGGACCAGCACGGCGUACCCGGACUUUCUCAGCUAUUUAGCCGCAUUGUGAAUAUGGAAGAUGGAAAGAACACCUCGAAGUGGGGACUAAUAGUUUUACCCAAUUCUCCCCAUUGUCCCUGCUUGGGGGGAUGGGGGACCCCGUGAUGUAUCUGAGGAUGCAGCUGAAACAUGGUGGCCUUGGCCUUAAAGCACUAAUGGACAGAGAACAGCCACUCAGGCUAAAGUAUACUGGGGCCCUCGGGCUUGGUCCCAGCCAGCAAUCUUUGUAACUGUUUAUUACACUAAUGUAAACCCAGCAUCAUUCCUUCCCCUUCACAGCACCUCACACAGUUUCCUCUUUUAUCGCCACUCAGAGGAGCGGAAGUCAAAUGCUAGGUGUCCUAUGGGUUAGGAGGCUGAAGGCCCAGGCCUAAACUAUUUUUGUAAAUAUUUUACAUUAAAACUUUUGAAAUGAAAA